AUGGUCAAUCCGAGGGUCUUCCUCGACUUGUCCAUAGGGGAUGAGCCGGCAGGCCGAGUGGUGGCCGAGCUGUUCAUCGAUUCCGUGCCCAAGACGGUGGAGAACUUCAGGUGCCUAUGUACCGGUGAAAAGGGCGUGUCAGCCUCGACCGGCCGAGCGUAUCACUACAAGGGCACCCGCCUACAUCGUAUCGUAGCAGGCUUCAUGAUCUUGGGAGGUGACACUUCCGUCAAAGGCAACGGAAGCGGGGGCGAGAGUGUCUAUGAUGAACGUACUUUUGACGAUGAGGAUCUCAGUCGGCCUAUCGACCAAGCAGGCUUGCUCGUCAUGGCCAACAGAGGACCCAACACGAACGCUUCGCAGUUCUUCAUCACCGUCGAGGCGGCAGAGCACCUCAAUGGCAAGCAUGUCGUCUUUGGCCGGCUCGUUGCAGGCCUGGCCAUCGUCCAGAAAGUGUCUGAGCUGCCCGUCGGUCCCAAGAAUACACCCCUCGAGAGUGUCACGGUCACUCACUGCGGUGAGCUAGAGCUACGGAAAGUCGUCGUACCGCGGACGUCUCCCUCUCGUGCAAGAGACUCGCGCUCGAGGUCGCUCACCCCGUCCGAUGAUGACAAGGCACGCAAGGAGCGCAAACGAAAGCCUAGGCAUCACUCGUCCGAUCAUAGAAAGUCUAGGCACCGCUCGAGCAAGCCAGCCGGCGCAGAAGAUGCAGAGCGCAAGGAGAGAGACGAGCAAGCACGCACCGCCGAGGUUGCCGCCAGAGAGCGGGCUGAUCGAGAGGCGGAAGACAAGCGCAGGCAGCGAGCGCGAGAGCUGGCAGAGCUCAAGAACCGGUUCGGCGAUGACCUGGCAAAAGGACCCGCAGAUGCUUCUGGCGUACGCUACAAAGGACGGGGCGCUAUGCGAUACGGCAGCUCGCAGAGCGGCAUGCGAUCGUAUUGA